UCACUGCAGAACAAGUCAACACCUCAAAGAGAAGAUCUGGUCAGGAUGAAUGCCCGUUCUGUUGUCUUACAGAGAGGAGGGGAUGUCUCUGACAAGCAAGAGGUGUUGGGAGAAUACAUUCUACAGUUUGGCAAAUACAAGGGCCAGUCUUUCAGGUGGUUACUAGAGAAUGAUGUCGGCUAUGCUUUGUACCUGUCCAAUAAGGUUGAGGAAGAAGAACAGGCUGGGCAGUUCAACCCAGAGGGUCCUUGCAAAGAUAGUCUAAUUUCCUUUAUUGAAUACUCAAGAAGCUUUAAGGAAAUUGAUGAUCUUAAACGGUAUCUGUCUCAAAGGCCAGAUCCAUUGCCAGUUUUGAUGGAGGAAGACAAUACUGUUGGAUUUGGAACAAGAGCUCAAGACACUUGGAGACAAAUUUGGGAUACCAGGGCAGACGGAUAUGCUUUCUUUAUAAUAAAGCAGAAUUGUGUUCCAGGCAGCAAAAUGUACAACUUGCAGCAGUAUCUUUUAAAACAGCAACAACAACAGCUGACGAUAAACACUCCUCCGGUGCCCCCACCAUCAGCUUCCACUGCAAGACCACUUGUUUCUUCCAGUACUGCUUCUGAUCAGCCUGUGAUGGAGGAGGAUGAAGAACUGGAGAGGAUAAUGCUGAGUCUGUCUCCAACAAAGUAUCUCACACAGCUGAGAUCAUCUGCAGCCACGGGAUCCACAUUCUUGUCUACAGCAGGUUACUUUCCUUAUCAGUGUUGUGUAAUUUGA